CAAUAAGUAAAAUGAUGUAUAAUUAAAAUAUUUUUAAAACCAUUGAUUAAUUCAAAUAAUAAAUAAAAAAUACAAAAAUAAUAAAAUGGCAUCAUCCAUUGAAAAAGAAUUUGAUGAAACUGCUGAACAGCCUUCAAAAGAUGAAACUCUCGAAUGCCCAAUUUGUUUACAAACGUGUCUUCAGCCCACGUUAUUACCAUGUGGGCAUGUAUUUUGUUUCUUAUGUACAAAAGGCAUAGCAUUCCAGAGCAAAAAAUGUGCCAUGUGCCGCCAGGAAAUACCCAGGGAUUAUUUAGAGAAACCAAAAUUACUACAACCACUGCCAGAUACAACGACUUCGUUAGAAGAUGAGUACGAUUGGUUCUAUGAAGGACGAGAUGGUUGGUGGAAAUACGACGAACGGACCAGCGCUGAAAUUGAAAGUGCUUACUUAACAGAGAUUCCAUCAUUCGAUAUAUUAAUAUGCGGCGAAUUGUACGUCAUAGAUUUUCAAAAUAAUGUCCAACACCGCAAAUAUGGUUAUGGGAGAAAACGGACAAUCAAACGCGAUAAGAAAUCAGCACAUGCCAUUGGUAUAGCUGGCUGUAGAUUUUAAUUAUUGUGUAUUUGUUUCUAUAAUCAAAAUAUAUAUAGUCCGUUUAAAGAGGGUAAUCCAUGAAUUACAUCACAUUUUGAUAACGAAAAAACUAGAUAUCGUCCCAAAAUACGAAUUGAAGUAACGCGUAUACUUGAGGUCAAUACAAAUACGACACUUAUUUAUAUAUGAUAUAUUUGGUGGCACUAAGCAUAUUAAAAAAUGUGUAUUUUUCAACCAUCAAAUAUAUCUGAUAUAUAAGGAAGUGUCGCAUUUUUUGUCCGCAAGAUACUUUGUUUCGGUAAAAAAAUAGGACUUUUAAAUUUUCGUGUAAUUUUUUUUUUCAAAUUUAGCGUCAUUGGAUUUUCUUUUAUUUUGUCUCUUGAAUAGAAUUGCUUUCAGUGAAGCAAUUAGUGGAUGGCCCUUUAUUUUUCUAAGUUACUUUUUAAAAAAAAUAUCAAACGAUUUUAUUAAAUACAUUUUGCCAAGGAAUAUAAUUAUACCAAUGGCUUUAGUUUGAAGAAAAUUAAGUGUUCUUUUACAUAUGGUCAGCUUUUAAGGUAAUAUAUAUAGCAGUAUCGAGGGUCACAGUGAAUAUUGUAAUAUGACUUCGAUACUGCUAUACUACCUUAAAAUGGCAGAUGUUUUCGACCCUAUUCUAAUUAGAUUCGUGAACUAUUCAAAUUGAAACCAACUUUAUUUAACACUACUUUGAAAUUUAAAAAUCUGAAUAGCUUUUAUUCCUUAGCAUCUAUUUGACAAGAUUUCAAAUUAAUUUAUUUUUAAUUAUGCACUUUAUUUGCAUGCCUAACUAUAACCAGUAUACAAUAUAAUAAAAUAUACCAGGUGUCCCAGAAGUAAUGCACGCCCUAUUGCAUCAGGUAGAAAAUAAAAUUCUAAGACGAAAAAUUCUCUUAGGGCGUGCAUUACUUCUGGGACACCCUAUAUUGUGCAUUGUAUAAUUACAAUGCAAAAACAAAAUACCUUUGUUUUUAAUAGAUAGCGACUUUGAUCCACUCAGAAUUUGUUAAAAGGUCAUAGUUAAAAUUUUGGAAAACUCAAUUUUAAUACAGGAAACUUAUUUUUGUGUAGAGAAAAUUAUGAAAAAUGUAUAUACCAUGUAAAAUGUUUGAGUACCUAAGUUGUAUUGUUUUAAUUCUCGUACUAUUCUGUAAAGAAUGGGACACUAUUUUGCGAUUGUCUAAACAUUUAGGAUCUCAAA